CAUGCACACUUCCUCAGACAUGAGGUCUACUUCUAUCUGAGAGGUCAUUAAGAAACUAAACAGAUAUCACCAUCAUCUUUGAAGAAACAUUUUACUGUCCAACGGGAACCUCACUCACCAGCACUACAUCUCUUAGAUGAAAUAGUUUUUUUUGUAUGUCCCUUUGCUGAAGUUCUUAUUAUGUAUCAAAUAGUACAGGGAACUGUAGGGGAUCUGUACCCUGGUCCCUUCACGAAGCCCCCUAAGCAGAAGAAAUGCAGUCCAAUGCCAUUCGCAAUUAUCGUGGGAGUGGUAUUAGUAAUGUCAGCCAUAGUAGCAAGGUCCUACAGUGCUUCUCUGUGCAGAGUGGAGAUCCUCAAAGCUGAAUUACUGGACCUGAAGAAGGAUGGGUUCAUUAUCCACAAUCAAGAGGGUGACAUCAUCUUCAGAAUGUUUUUCAGGUCAGGAUCUCUUGAUCUGAACUCAUGCACUACGGAGGGUGGAAUAAUUCACUGCGACCAGUCGGACACAGGGAAACUGAACUUCUUCGUCCAGACUGUCAGACCGACGGACACGGUGAUGUGCUACGGGGUGCGCUGGGAGGAGCUGGAAGAAGGCCGCUCUGUAGAGCACGCCAUGUCCUUCAACGGCUCCCACUGGUAUGGAGGUGCGGAGCGAGCUGUCCAACACUGGCCCGUGUCUGUGGAAGGUCUGGAAGCCCCGAAGCCUUUUGUCACUGGAGAUGCGUACUCCAACCGCCAGGACUUCGGUAGCAUUCUGGAGCGCUACUGGCUCUCGGCCAACGGCACAGCCAUAAAGAUUAACGACUCUGUGCCUUUUCACCUUGGCUGGGAUGAUGAAGAGAAGGUCCUUCGCUUCCAGGCGCGGUAUAAUGACAGCCCUUACAAACCACUGCCUGGAGAGGCAGAGCACGCCGAGCUGAGCUAUCGUGUGUGUGUCGGCCAUGAUGUCACCUCCAUACACAAGUACAUGGUCCAACAGUACUUCAACAAGCCCAACAAGGUUCCAUCCGAGGCAGUGUUCCGUCAGCCAAUUUGGUCCACGUGGGCCUUGUACAAGAGCGCGGUGGACCAGGAGAAAGUCCUGCAGUUCGCAUCAGACAUCAAGAAGCGCGGCUUCAACUGUAGCCACCUGGAAAUCGAUGACCGCUACACCAUCAGUUAUGGCGAGUUUGAGUUUGACCCGGUGAAGUUUCCCAACGUCUCGACCAUGUUUCAGAAUCUCAAGGAUGAUGGUUUCCACGUCACUCUGUGGAUCCAUCCCUUCAUUAACUACGAAUCAGCCAACUUUGACGUCGCUGUGAAGAGGUUUCUACUUGUCCGAGAGCCCAGUGGACAGCUCCCUGCUUUAGUCCGCUGGUGGAACGGUAUUGGCGGCAUCCUGGACUUCACCAACCCUGAGGCCCGUGAAUGGUUUGCUUCCCAUCUCUUAGCCCUUAAAACCAAGUAUGGGGUUGCCUCAUUUAAAUUUGAUGCAGGAGAAACCAACUACCUACCAAAGCAGUAUAGCACGUAUGCACCCUUGUAUGACCCCAGCACCUUUACACGCCGCUACACAGAAAUGGCCAUUCCGUACAACGACCAUGCCGAACUUCGGUCUGGCUACCAGUCCCAGAACAUCUCCUGCUUCUUCAGGAUUAUAGAUCGGGACUCUGUGUGGGGUUACGACCUUGGUCUCAAAUCCAUCAUUCCUACCGUCUUGACCAUUAGUAUCCUGGGCUAUCCGUUCAUUUUGCCAGACAUGAUUGGUGGUAAUGCCUAUCAGAACGGUAGUCUGGGGUCCAUGGUUCUGCCUGACCGUGAGCUCUACAUCCGCUGGUUGGAGCUGUCUGCCUUUUUGCCGUCCAUGCAGUUCUCCAUCCCGCCCUGGGCUUACGAUGAAGAGGUGGUGGAGAUUGCACAGAAGUUCACCGCACUCCACGAGAGCCUGGUGGCUUCACGAGUGCUGGAGCUGGCCGGGAAGGUGCUGCACACUGGAGACCCCAUCAUCCGCCCUCUCUGGUGGAUCGCCUCAGAGGACGAGGCGGCGUACAAGAUAGACUCUCAGUUCCUCAUUGGGGACGACUUAAUGGUGGCUCCUGUGCUGGAGCCAGGUAAGCAGGAGAGGGAUAUCUACCUUCCUGCUGGCAGAUGGAGAAGCUACAAGGGGGAGCAUUUUGACAACUUCAAGGGUCCCAUCUAUCUUACUGACUACCCUGUAGAUUUAGAUGAAACAGCAUAUUUUUUGCGGGAAUGAUAAAUGGUGCAUUAACUACUGUCUAAUGAAUUUGUUGGUGUAUUUGCAAUUCCAUCAACAAUAACAAAUUAGAGCUAUAUUCCGUCAAACUAUAUGUUUUUUUUUCAGCCCUCGUCAUUUUUUCAAAAUCGAAUGAUUUAUCAAUGGUUUACUAGCACAUGUUUGAAAUUAAAAGGCACAAAUCCUUAUAUUUAUUGAUUUUAACUAGAAAAGAUAAGAAAUGGCAAUAAAUACUCCUUCACCACAUUAAUUAAUGGAUAAAAUUUUUCUGCUGAGGUUUGUAAAUGCCUCAUUCUGUGUUUGUCUUAAUCUAGCUUUACCUUGUCUUGUGACUCAUUUGUGGACAACUUCCCUUUUUAUUUUUCAUUUUGUGACAUAGUUCUAUAUCAGUGCAAGUGUCCCAUUUAUGUUGAA